AUGAGUCUCAAUCUUCCAAAUCCGUGUCUUUUAGGGAUAGUGUUAACAAUUUCGACACAUUCUGGGCCGCAAGUUGUGUUCCACUAUCCUCCCACGGAUAGAUCCCCGGGGUCGCGACAUGUUAAGAGGCAGCAGAAAGCUGACGAUCAUGGCUUUGAAAACAAAGAGAGCAGCUAUUCGCUGCGUUCCCAGGGCAAAGGCUCAACUCCAAAGAAAAGAUCUCAGAAGUUCCAGCAUGAUGGUGAAAGUGAAGCCAACCUCUCGAUACAUUCUAACAAAACUGAGAACGUUGAUUCGGAUAUGAGCAGUAGUAGCAGUGACGAAGACCCUAGUACAGGUUUGAGUGACGGAGAUAUAUCCACCGAUUAUGCGGACGUAUCAUCAAGCUCGAGCUCCUCGGCCAGUGAUAGUGAGAGUGAGGACUUUAAUGCGACACGGUCCUACUUGGAGAAUAGCGCCAGUUUAAAAUCGCAGGACAUAUCAAUGAGCGGUUCAUUCAAAGGCACACAAGUUAGCGCGACCAAAGUGUUUCAGCUUCUUAGACCAGAUGAGUCAAAAAGGAACUCCGUGGUUUCGAGACAUACAUCAACAAGGGGCCCAGAAGUGUCUUGGUUGAAUGCCGUACGUUCUAUUUCUGACUCGGAAUAUGGUGAAGAGCCACUUUGCGAGCUGAAUGACCAGCACUUCGGUAGCGAUUUCCAGGAUAUUAAUAAGAUUCUGCGGUUUGACAAGGAUUUCUUUGCAGAAAUCAGCUCACCGCCCAAAGAGAUGUGCAAUACACGGUUUGAACUCACUAUUGAUGAGCUAGCGCUGGUAGGGCUCCCAAUUCAUAGGAACGCAGAUGGACAAUGGCGAAAAACAAAAAAAAGGAAAUCUAGCAGUCGUUCUAAGAGGUCCAACUCAAGUUCGAGGACCAGGAAAGUCUCACGCUCCCAUUAUGAGGGUACAGACGUCACCGGUGACUCCGAAAUCCUUGAAGAACAGCUAAGCGGAAGCCAACUUUUCGAAGAAGAAACCGGGAAAGCUGAGUAUGAAGCAUUAGAGAAGAGCGUCAACAUGUUCCACCUAUGCUUCCUAACUAAUCCAAGACUUGUUGAAUACAACAAACGUGUGGAUGAUAUUUACCAUUACGUUGUUUCCAGAUUGUCACUGGUUUUAAGAUAUGCACAGAUCAAAAGUGGGUACGUCACUCGAGAAUGUUACGAAAUCAUAAAGACGCAAGAUCGAAUCCUGAAGUCAUCUGAAAGAUACAAAUCCAUUAAAGGGCCCGCGAAUAAGGCUAGGUACCUGUAUCAGAAAAUAAUACAAAGAUCCUCUCUAGCGCGCGCUAUCUCCAAAUGUUUUGAUGCUAUCUCCCAGAAUGAGGUGGCCAAUCUUGAAAUCAAUGGUGAUAAGAUUAUUUCCCUUCAAAUUCCCAUCAUCAAUGAGUUCGAUGUUUUACCAGACUUAAAGACAGAUCCAGUUUUGAAGGGUUCUUUCUUGACAUCCAUUUUGAAUAGGAAGUUCUUAGAGGAAGGAUCAGCGACGAUGAACGAGGCAUGGGCUCGCAGCCACGACGAGAACGAUGACCUCCUUGACUACGCAGUUCUUCUUUUAAACGAGCCCGCUAUCAUUAUUCAAGAGUUGCAGUUCUCAUCACCACAAAACGAUAUCACUUCUGUUCUUUUAACAUCCUUAGUUAAGCACCUCAAGCCAACGGUCCCUCUCCGCAAUUAUCAGUAUGUGAUCGACGAAAUCGUUGGUAAGCCGGUUGCGUCUGAAAGCGACGUUGAGGAAAGAAACUCUUUUCAGACAAGUAUGCUUCGAUCGCUUGCCUUGCAUCUGAUGUAUUGGAGGCAUGCAAGAGUUAUUAUACCGGUAUCCUCUAAAAACACAUACAUUGUUUCCCCACUUGCUCCGAUAACUGGUAACACGAAAGACGACUUUUCUGGUAACCGCCUAGAUUCUGAAGAGAGCAAACCUUUGAUUUUACAAAAUCAAGAAGUGUUUUCCAAGAAAUUUCCAUCUUUACCUCCAUUGCCGGUGUUUCUGAGCCUUGUUUCCUCCAUGAAACCUAGAGCUUUUGGCAGUAUAAUUCCUUCGAAGGACCACAAGAGCGUCUAUUUGAGUGCACUUGCUUGGCUUAUAAGGUAUGGUUACCUCACCCAGCUUCUUACAUUUGCGUGGGUGCGGGUCGAUUCGCGAAUCAAAAUUGCAGUUGAUGAAGAUCUAGAGAUCGACGGAGUGAGGCGCUCCAAGCGCGCGCAAGGACAAUCUCUCAACUCAGACAUUAGCGACAACAUAGUCUCUCGGGAUCAAAUACGCACCGACAGCGCUGAGGACGACUUAGACUUCUUUUAUUACGGCGGUGACGAGGAUAUAAUUAAUAAUUCUGAUUUCACGAUCAUUUUGAGCCCCGAGACUGCAACUGCUGUUGAGAAAAGAUGGCUAUACAAGUGUAUCGAAGGGCAGCCCGUGGAUAUACAAGUCAUGUUCCACCGGGUUGUCAAAUACAUGAAUGGGAAAAUUCCUAUAGAACUUGUCCAGUUAAGAGAAGGUAUAUCUCGACAUGAAAUCAAGAGGCUGUUUCACGCUUUAGGGAAAUAUUUAGUUGAUGUCUACCAUUGGUGA